AUGGAGAAGUCAACGUUCUUCCUGAACCCGAACGCGACGCCGUUCAUCCCAAACUUCAAGAGAUCGAUCGCUGCGGAUGAUGAGAGGACCCAAGAAGUGCCCGUGGAUGAGGCAUUCAACUCUCUGUCUACUGAGGAAUUCCCAGGGAGAGGGCAUCAUCAAAUCCCCAAGUCUGAAGACACGAAUCCCCAGUUUGCGGACCCGGAGAUCGAUCUAGACGGUCUGGAAUUCGGAUUAGAGUUCCUCUCUUCGCUUUUCCCCAACUUCUCUAUGGAAUCUAUUGCCGACGUGUUUCAUGCCUGCGGGGACGUGUUCGAGGCGGAGAGCAUGCUGAAGAAGCUCGAGGUAUCGACUGGUCGCUAGACUAGAAUCUCUAGAACCCUUUUCUUCCAUGUUUUUACCAUUCCUUCUCGUGGGGGUCUGUCUCUGUUGACAGGGGAUUGAAAGCAGCAGCGACAGCCUCUCGGACGGUUCGGAUUCCCACGGAACGGCGAGCUCCAGCCAUCAAUUUGA